AUGAAAAGCCUCUUUCAACUUCCGCUGGAUACCUUGCUUGAGCGAGAUCAUGAGCAUCAUAAGAAGGAAGUGGAGCGGCUACAACAAGUAUUUGAACAACAACAGCAAGAGAAGAGUCAUGAUGAUGAUCACUUCAAUUUCAAAAAUUCUCUCGCUUCUUACUGGUAUUUGCGAGAUUGUAUGUACGAACAAUCGUUAAUGACCAUCCAGUUGUUGAGAAGAAUAUUUUCCUUCAUUCAUAUUCAAUAUAUUCAUGGUGCGGAGGACGAUGAAAAGGAUGAUGGAGUCAAUUCUGUUCACGUUGAAAGUCAUUAUUUAAAUUUUGCUCUAGUUUCAAAAUUAUUUUGUGUGGCCCUUAAAAUUGAAAUUGUCUUAAAAAGCAGUCCUCAACGUUCCGUUUCACAAGAGGCAACGGAAUUGGAUGUGAAAAAUUUAUGGAGAGGUGCAAUUGAAAAAUCUAUUUUAAUUCAAUCACAGAGUGAGGAGAGGAAUGAGGACAUUAUGAAACUGUUGGCCUUGAUAUUGAUUGAAGAAAAUAAUGUGUACAUGACUUGUGUGAAAUCAGAGUGGUUAAAGGGUCUUGCGUUUUGUAGAGCUGCAAUUCAAGGCCAAAAGAAAACAUGUGCUGGCUCUUUUUCUGUGAGCUCGCUUGUACAGCCUCACUGUAGUGUUAUUCGUGCUCCCUUUUGUUAUGACCCUCUCGUUUAUUGUCAUGAUAAUACAAAAGAAUUCUUUUUGGUUGUUACAAGACACUACCCAAGUAUUGUUUCCGUGAACACCGGAUUUAAAGAGUUACUUUUUGAUUUUGUUGUUAAGACAAAAAACAUUCGAAUAUUGAGAAAUAUUAGACUAUUGUUUUGUUGGAACUAUUUUAUUGAAAAGUGGAAUUACAAACUUCCUUGCCAAGUGGAUGACGAAAUGGUCAUUGAAAUUAUGCGAGCAACCACUCAUGCCAAAAAAGUAUGGACUAAUUUGCCCGAAAAAUUCAAAAGAAACGAGAGAGUAUUGUUUCACACAUUGACCAGGAGAGGCCAUUACCAUUAUAAUUAUUCUGAUUUAAAUGUAGAGUGUUAUUUCACAGCUCCGCUUGAAGCUCAGCUUCGUUCUUCACUCCUUGAAAACUUACUGACACAUACAAAUAUUAAUCGUUUUUUCUUCAAGCAUCAACAUCAACUUGUAUUUGUAAAGCAAGCUUUGGACUAUUUCAGGAAGAAUAGACAUUCCAAUGAUGAUCACACCGAUACAGCUAUCAAAAUGACUUUCUUUUCAUACUUUUUGAAAUUUUGGCAAGGACCUAAAAAGUUUGAAUUGGCAAAAGAAUUUAUUAGGGGAAUUCGAAAAGAAUUGUUUUCACGAGAAAUAUUAUUACAAACAAUAAUUCCCAUAUUUACACAGCAACCAGAAAUUUCAAAGCGAUCCCUGAACAAGUUUGCGUUUCACUGUAUGCCACAACAUCUACUCCAUGACGAAACAGUAUUAAGAGCUCUCAUGGAACAAAUUCCUCAUUUUGGUUGCUUGUUGACGAAAAACUUUUGGUCAAAACACCACUCGGUAUUGGAGGAACUUGUUCAUAUCCUCAACGUUUCUGGUGAUCACGCUGAUAUAACCCUUUAUUUUAGAUACUCACUAAUCUUAGUACAAAGUAUGAACUAUCGACAAAGAAGUCACAAGUAA